UCGCUUCUUCAUCUUCGUCUUCUUCUCGUGGGUUGCUAUUGAUCUUUCAGAGGUUUUCGAGCGGCAGACACGGAGUGCAGGCCUCUGGAGGUGACGUUGAUCUCUGCCAAGGACCUCAAGGACGUCAACCUCUUCGGCAAGAUGGACGUCUACGUCGUCGUCUCCCUCUCCGGCGACAAGAAUAAGCAGCGCACCCCCGUCCACAAGGACGGCGGCGCUAGCCCCCGGUGGGGCCACACCGUCGUCCUCACCGUGGACGAGGCCGCGGCCCGCGCCGGCUGCCUCACCCUCAAGUUCAAGAUCAAGGCCAAGCGCACCCUCGGCGGGGACAAGGACGUCGGUAGGGCCGAUGUGCCUGUCAAGGAGCUGCUCGAGCGGGGCAGGGCCGCCGGUGGCGAUGGGAAGUCCAGGGCGAUGAGCUACAGCGUGAGGCUGCCGUCCGGGAAGACCAAGGGCGUCCUUGAGUUUUCUUACAAGUUCGGGGAGCAGUUCACCGUGGCAGCGCCCCGGGCGGCGAAGAAGGCGGGCAAGCCGGUCAUGGCUUGUCCAGCUGCGGCGGUGCCGCCCGCCUCGAGCUCGGCCGCCGCGUACCCGCCGCCACCAAUGCGCAGGGCGGCGCCGUACCCUCCACCAGCGGGACAUCCGCCGCAGGGGUACUGGUAUCCGCCGAACGCCAUGCCCGGGUACGGGUACGCAGCCCCGUCGCCGGCAUACCAGCAGCCGCCCAAGAAACAUGGCGGCGGCGCUGGGGGCUUGGGGCUGGGGUUGCUGUGCGGGUUGUUUGGCGGGCUGGUGAUCGAGGACAUGAUAUCGGACUGUUGAAGAUACGGUUGCCGUUGCUGAUUGAUCCUAAUUGAUAUUGACUGCUACGUUGAUGGAAGAUUAGAAUAUUAUACAUCAGGAGAAUUUUGCAUAUUUUCUUUCCCUAAUCAUCUAGACUUUGUUACUUAUGAAAAAGCAAUACGAAUUCUAUUCUUCA